GCCAAGUGAAAGAAUGUCUGCAUCUCGUCCAGAGAUGCCAUUGACUCGAGAACCAAGCAUUUCUUCGGCUAGAAAGUUUCCUGAUCAGUCAGAGGACUUGAAGAGUUUUCCGGUCCAAACACCGAGGAUUGUUUCUCCUGCAGGAGCUAGUGGUUCUGGGAUUUCUACUCCGGUCUAUGCAAACUCUCCAUCUUCAACUGGACAAUUAACUUAUGUCUCUAGGCCGCCUCCUGCCUUCUACUCACAAGCAAAUUUUCCACAAAGUGGAACUGUGCCUUUAAGUGGUGGUUCUCAAGGAUUCUACGAUCAAAAAUUUCCAUUAAAUCAACCACCUUUGCCUCCAAUGCCACCACCACCAAUAGUUUCACCUGUAUUGUCUCAAACUACAGACACCAUUGUUCAGUCGGAAUAUGUGUCUGUUUUGGCAAGCAAUUCUUCACUGGCAACCUCCAGUCCUUUGCCUGAUUCAAGAUUUGGACGGACAUCCCAUUCUUCCCCUGGCAGAUCUAGUAGACCGCCACCUCCUCUCCCGCCUAUGCCACCUCCAUAUUCAUCUAACCCUUCUGCAAUGGCCUCAUUCAAAAAUCCAAAUUCUCAGUCUCCAUUGUACGUUCAAACUGUUGGUAGUUCCGAGCUUCAACAUAACCCUGUUGCACCUUCAAUGGAUACUGGAUUAGGUAACCUUUCGGCAUCACGGACAAUGCUAACUUCUUAUCCCCCACCUCCUUCAAUGCAGCCCUUGAUUUUCAGGCCCGGUUCAGUACCUAUCAAUCUUUAUGGAAAUAAUUUAGUUCCACAUCACGGAGAAAACCUGCCUAGUAUUUCACAAAACCUUCCCAUGUCUCUUCCUCCAUUUCACUCCAUACCACCUCUUACUCAAUUGCAGCCUCUACAGCCACCGCAAAUACCUCGCCCUCCACCACAGCAUCUUCGGCCAUCCAUUCCUGCUUCCCCGCAGUCAGAGCAAGGCAUGUCUGUGUUGCAGAGUCCUCUACAAGUGUCCCAACUCUCUCCUGCACACAUGUAUUAUCAGACCCGACAGCAGGAUAAUGCUGCACAAUCAUCGCAACAAGUUGAGCAGUCACGAGUUCAGCACCAGCAAACGGAAGGCACGUCCCAGCAACAAGAUGCUGGAAUGUCAUUGCAGGAAUACUUUAAGUCCCCAGAAGCUAUUCAGGCUCUGUUGAGUGAUCGUGAUAAACUUUGUCAGCUUCUAGAAGAACAUCCAAAGUUGAUGCAGCUGUUGCAGGAGCGACUAGGCCGUUUAUAGUGGUAUUCCGGCGCUCUCUUCUGGAGGACGUCAUAAUGGAACGUGUUUUCAUGAAAAAUCUAACUACUCGAUGGUAGUUGGGUGAGAAUUUUGUGAAUGGUGGAUCAUGACUGCUUGGGGUAUAUGAUUCACUCUUUGGCCUUAUAUUUUGUACUUUUGAGUUGGAUUUGUACCGUCAUUGUACUUUCUUUUUUUGUAAGGAAUUGUAAAUGCUUUCUGUUAACUGUAGUUUGAGUAACAAUUCUAAUUUUUAAGGAAAAAGAACAAAGAGAAACUGUUAAAAUUUUUA